UAUCCCGCCUGCUUCCUUCCUCUUCCUCGGCCGCAACCACAGAAGGCAAUUAGGGUUAGGGUGUCUCUCAGGCGGUAGCUAUUCGGGUGGUGAGGAGGCAUGGAGGAUCCCAAUGCUACGACUACGAGCCAAAGCCACUGCCAGGAGGCAGCACUGGAACAGAGCAAGAGACCAAGCCACCGGACCAAAUCACACGAGCUCGAGUUGCCGGAGCAUGUGCUGGAGAACGUGCUCCAGUUCCUGGUCUGCCGGCGAGAUCGGAACGCGGCGUCGCUGGUGUGCCGAUCUUGGAAAAAAGCCGAGGCGCAGACCAGGCGCGAGCUCUACGUCGGCAACUGCUCGUCCGUGUCGCCGGCGCGCGCCGUCCGGAGGUUCCCCUGCGCCCGGGCGCUCGUGCUCAAGGGUCGUCCCCACUUCACCGACGUUAGUGGCUUCCUCUUCUUGGACGCCCGCUUCUCCCCCUGGCUCGCCGCCAUGGCGACCGCCUAUCCCUGGCUCGAGCGCCUCUGCCUUAAACGGAUGACCGUCUCCGACUUUGAGCUUUCCAUCCUCGCCCGUUCCUUUCCCUCCUUUCGCGAUCUCACGCUCAUCCGCUGCAGCGGGUUCGGCACCCGCGGUCUCGCCGUCAUCGCUGAGCUCUGCAGGAACCUGAGAAUCUUGGAUCUGAUCGAGAACAAAGUGGAGGACGAGGAGGAGGAGGAUGUCGUUGACUGGAUCUCGAUGUUCCCGGAGACAACCACCUCUUUAGAGUCGCUGUCGUUCGAGCGCGUGAAUUGGGCGAACUUCUCCGCCCUGGAGGCUCUAGUCGCUCGAUCGCCCUCCCUCCGGAGGCUGCGGGUGAACCGGAACGUAUCCCUCAGUCAGCUCCGCAGCCUCAUGGCCCGGGCGCCGCAGCUCACCCACCUCGGCACCGGUUCCUUCUGGCCAGGCAUCUACGAUUUCAACAUCGCCGAAGAUUUCAACGUCGCCGAAGAUUUUAACGUCGACAAAGAUUUCAACGUCGCUGACCUCGAGCAAGCCUUUGUCUCGUCCAAGUCGCUCAUUUGCCUAUCAGGGUUCCUCGAGGCAGCUCCUGAGCUGCUCCCGGCUAUCCUCCCCGUCUGCGCCAACCUUGUCUCCCUCAAUUUAAGCAAUGCCCGCAUCACCGCUGAGCAGCUCAAGCCUGUCAUCCUCAAAUGCAACAACCUCCGCACCUUCUGGGUUCUUGACACAGUUGGCGAUGAGGGACUACAGGCGGUGGCAAAGGCAUGCAAGAACCUUUGUGAACUCAGAGUGAUUGCUGCCAAUGUCAUCGAUGGUAUGGAGGUCUUAGUCUCUGAUGCUAGUCUUCUGGCAAUCUCAAACGGAUGCCGCAAACUCCAAUCGAUCCUGUUCUGCUGCCGGAGAAUGACUAAUGCUGCCGUUGUAGCCAUGUCCAAGAACUGCCAGGAUCUAGUUGUAUUCCGCCUCUGCAUCAUGGGUCACCACCGCCCUGAUCACAUCACCGGGAAGCCCAUGGAUGAAGGCUUUGGGGCCAUAGUCAUGAACUGCAAGAAGCUAACUAGGCUCGCUGUCUCUGGCCUGCUCACUCACAAAGUGUUUAAGUACAUUGCAACGCAUGGGAAGUCAAUUAGGACCCUCUCAGUGGCAUUCGCCGGAGGCAGUGAUUUGAGCUUGAAGUAUGUGCUCGAAGGCUGUCACAGUUUGCAAAAGCUGGAUAUUAGGGACAGCCCUUUUGGUGAUGUAGGUCUACUCUCAGGGAUCCACCAUUACUACAAUAUGAGGUUCUUGUGGAUGUUUAACUGCAAGCUAACUUUAAGUGGUUGCAAGGAAGUGGCUCAGAAGAUGCCUAACUUGGUAGUAGAAGUGAUUGUGGAUCGGACCAAGUACCUCGACAGCGAUACCGUGAAGAAGUUGUAUUUGUACCGGUCCCUGGAAGGUCCAAGGGAUUAUGUGCCACCAUACGUCAACAUCUUGUAGGUUUCUCACUUUCAAUUGAGAUGCAAGGGAGAAGAAUUAGCCAUUUUCGGUUCUAGGUUGUACCAAGGAGCUCAUCAUGGUUAGAGGACCAGAAAUGUGAUAAAGCAAAGUGAAUUUGCAAUUGGAAUGGCACCUGAAUUGUGGAUUAUUGCCUAUGACCUGAUCCAUUUGGAGUUACUGCAAAGACAACUUUCUGCAACCAAGCAAUCAUCGUAAGUGAAAAAAAAAAAAAUGGUGUCAAGGAGUUUCGGAUGGAUAAAUGCAAUCUUUAGUCUCCAGGUUGUUCUUAUUCCUUGUACUCUGGAAAUUGAAACUUUACUUUGUUAUCACUGGAUUUCAUUUUACUUCCAUGAUCUUGUCAAGGUGACAUUAUGGAACUUACUUUUCAUUUUCCUGUUUUUUGGGAGCAUUUCCAUACUUU